UUUAAUUCUUUUGUAUUGAACAUUCUUUCUAAUUAAUACAUACGUAUAAUGUCUGAAGUCGAAACCUUUUCUUUCCAAGCUGAGAUCUCUCAGUUGAUGAGUUUGAUCAUCAACACGUUUUAUUCCAACAAGGAGAUCUUUUUACGUGAAUUGAUUUCUAACUCUUCUGAUGCCUUGGAUAAGGUCCGCUAUCAAUCUUUGACGGAUCCCUCCGUACUUGAUUCAGAAAAGGAUCUCUUUAUUCGCAUCACGCCUGACAAGGAAAAUAAGAUUUUGUCUAUUCGUGAUACUGGUAUCGGUAUGACCAAGGCGGAUUUGGUCAACAAUUUGGGUACCAUUGCUAAAUCUGGUACCAAAUCCUUCAUGGAAGCUCUCUCUGCUGGUGCUGAUAUCUCCAUGAUUGGUCAAUUUGGUGUUGGUUUUUACUCUGCUUACCUUGUGGCCGAUAAAGUCCAAGUCAUUACUAAACAUAAUGAUGACGAGCAAUAUAUCUGGGAAUCUGCCGCUGGUGGCUCCUUCACCAUUGCUCAUGAUACUAUCAAUCCUUCCAUUGGUCGUGGUACUGAGAUUCGUCUCCACAUGAAGGAAGAUCAACUUGAAUAUCUUGAGGAAAAGAAGAUCAAGGAAAUUGUCAAGAAGCAUUCUGAAUUCAUCUCUUACCCUAUCCAACUUGUUGUUGAAAAGGAAGUUGAAAAGGAGGUCGAAGAUGAUACUCCCGCUGAAGCUCCCGCCGAAGGUGCUAAGAUUGAAGAAGUUGACGAUGAGGAAGAUAAAAAGGAGGAACCAAAGAAGAAAACUGUAAAGGAAACUGUCAUUGAAAAUGAAGAGUUGAACAAGACUAAGCCUCUUUGGACGCGUAAUCCUGAAGAUGUUAAGCCUGAAGAAUACUCUGAAUUCUAUAAGGCUCUUUCAAAUGAUUGGGAAGAUCAUUUGGCUGUGAAGCACUUUUCAGUUGAGGGUCAACUUGAAUUCCGUGCUAUCCUCUUUGUUCCCAAGCGUGCUCCCUUUGAUAUGUUUGAAGCCAAGAAGAAGAGAAACAACAUCAAGCUCUAUGUUCGUCGUGUCUUUAUUAUGGAUGACUGCGACGAGUUAAUUCCUGAAUGGUUGGGCUUCAUUAAGGGUGUUGUGGACUCUGAGGAUCUUCCUCUCAAUAUCUCUCGUGAGAUGCUUCAACAAAACAAGAUCUUGAAGGUCAUCCGUAAGAACUUGGUUAAGAAGUGUAUUGAAAUGUUUCAAGAAAUUGCCGAAGACAAGGAACAAUUCGACAAAUUUUAUGAAGCUUUCGGAAAGAACAUCAAGCUUGGUAUUCACGAAGAUGCUCAAAACCGUUCUAAGCUUGCUGAUCUUCUCCGUUACUAUUCCACAAAGUCUGGCGACGAAAUGACUUCCUUCAAGGAUUACGUUACUCGUAUGCCCGAGAAGCAAAAGAAUAUCUACUACAUUACUGGCGAGUCUCGUGCUGCUGUUGAGAAUUCUCCCUUCCUCGAAGGUUUUAAGAAGAAGGGUAUCGAAGUCUUAUUGAUGACCGAUCCUAUUGAUGAAUACGCCACCACUCAAUUGAAGGAUUACGAAGAUCACAAGUUGGUUUGUAUCACUAAAGAAGGUGCCGAAAUCGAGGAUGACGAAGAAUCGAAGAAGUCUCAUGAAGAGGAACAAAAGGAAUUUGAGGGCCUUCUCAAGACCAUCAAGGACAUUCUCGGUGAUAAGGUUGAAAAGGUCAUUCUUUCACAUAUCUUGACUGACUCACCAUGCGUUUUAACUACUGGUCAAUUCGGUUGGUCUGCUAAUAUGGAACGUAUUAUGAAGGCACAAGCGCUUCGUGACUCAUCCAUGUCAAGUUAUAUGGCUUCAAAGAAGACACUAGAACUUAAUCCUAAGCAUCCUAUUAUUAAGGCUCUCAAGGCAAAGGCUGAUGCUGAUGCCAAUGAUCGUACUGUUAAGGAUCUUGUCACAUUACUCUAUGAGACUUCACUGUUGACCUCAGGUUUCUCCUUGGAUGAUCCAUCAUCAUUUGCCACUCGUAUUAACCGCAUGGUUUCUCUUGGUCUCAGUAUUGACGAGGACGAAAUUGAUCAAGCCAAUGAACCUGCUGCUGCUACCGAAACCCCUGCUCAAGAAGAUGCUGGAGUUUCAAAGAUGGAAGAAGUUGACUAAGUCUAUGUUGUUUACAACAAUCGCACCAUUAUAUAUAUUAACCUUUCAAUUUUAAAUAUUUCCCCUCGCACCCACUUUUUUUUUUUACAUAUAUGCAAAUAAAUAUUGCUU